GCUGCCGAGCCCGCCCUGCUCCGGACUGGCGCUCCCAGCGCAGCGCGGCUGCUUUGGGGCUGCUGCUCCCUGCCCGGCCCCGGCCAUGGGGCGAGGGGCGGCAGCUGGGGCCCUGCUGGUGGCACUGGUGGUGCUGGGAGCCCCCCCGGCUGCGGGCGCGGAGCUCUCGGCGGUGUUCCUGCACAUGGGAAAGCAGGAAUGUUACUUCAUUAACGGCACGCAGAAGAUAAGGUCCGUGGAGAGGCUCAUCUACAAUCGGGAGCAGCACCUGGUGUACGACAGCGACGUGGGGCUGUACGUGGGGUUCAACCCGUAUGGGGCGAUGAAUGCCAGGCGUUUAAACAACGACCCGAUGUGGCUGGAGUACCAACGGACUUCGGGGGAGUGGUUCUGCAGAGUCUGGUACGAGGGGUCCACACCGUUUAUCACGGAGCGCCGAGUGUCCCCCAGCGUGUCCAUCUCGCUGGUGCCCCCCUCGAGCUCCCAGCCCGGCCCCGGCCGCCUGCUCUGCUCCGUGAUGGAUUUCUACCCUGCUGCCAUCCAGGUGAGGUGGUUCCAGGGCCAGCAGGAGCUCUCGGAGCACGUGGUGGCCACCGACGUGGUCCCCAACGGGGACUGGACCUACCAGCUGCUGGUGCUGCUGGAAACCCCCCCCCGGCGCGGGCUCAGCUACAGCUGCCAGGUGGAGCACGUCAGCCUGGAGCAGCCCCUGAGGCGGCACUGGGAGAUGCCGCCGGACGCCGCCCGCAGCAAGAUGCUGACGGGCAUCUUGGGCUUCGUCUUCCUGGCGCUGGGGCUCGGCUUCUCCCUGCGCAAGAAGGUCAGGGCGGGUGCCGGGGGUGGCGUCCCCGCCGUGGCGGAGCGGGUGCGCUCCUGCUGGGCCCGCAGCCCGGUGUCACCCCCUUUUCUCUGCCCACAGAGCUCCUGAGCCGGCGGCGGCCGCAGCCCCUCCCCGUGGGCUCAGGCCCGGCCGGGAUCCCCCGCUCCGUCCCCGCUCCGCUGAUUUUGGGGGGGGUCCCGUGUCCCCCCCAGCCCCGCCGGCGCUCUG